AUGAGAGUUUAUAACAAGAAAUUACUGGAGGUUUUAUCUGUGAAAGAAGAGAUGAGGGACAUGGAACAAGCACAAGAAGCGAAUAUCACUCCAAGGGUGGAUGCUGAUGAGUUAAGGAGCCAGGUGUCAAGCUCUGAUAGCGAUUUUAGCGUUAUCAGCUCUGACGAACACAGCCAGGAGCAAAGCGAGGAUCGACACGAGAAUGGCCCUGAGUUCAGCGGCAGCGCUGCGGAGGUGAAGUUCAGGUACAGACUUUCUGGUGACUGGUCAGAGGUGUUCACGGAUGAGAAUGCCGCCACUGACCACGAUAUCAGAUCCUUGGAUUCUUCAUCAAGUGGGAAUAAUAUCCCGGAUGUGAUAUCAACUGAGGAGGAUGACUCAGUUGCUGAGCUUGGUGGUGGAAUAUCCCGUUGCACAUCAAACAAUUCACAGAGAGGCGAAGAGUUGCGUACUACUAACAAAUUGGAAAGUAUGAAGGAAGUUGAAAUUACAGGAAACAUGUCCCCUUGUUUCGAUGACAAUUGUAACAGCCAGUCACAGUCGCUGUCUACACUCAAGGGAUCAGAACCUGGGUUGAACCGAUCUCUUUCGUAUUCCUUUCCUGAUCCUGUUAAGUCUACUGAUACCAUCAGUGGCAAAGACAUUGAUCUGCAACAUAUGGAAUUCACCAAGGUCAGAUCUCAUAAUGGCUUGAAUCUACCUUCAUGGAAAAAUAUUGGUAUUAUGGUGCUUCUUGGUCUACUUGUAUUCGAUCGUACCAUUCAGAUCUUUGGGGCAGAUGGUCCUUCUUCGAAGUACAUCUAUUCUUACCUUGAGCCCACAGUUGAUCCUCCAACAGUUGAAGUUGAAGUUGAUGAUUUCAUUUCGCUGAAGAAAGACUUUUUGGAUUUGUCUAACAGAUUGUUCAAGUAUGCGUCUCUCAAGGGAAGUGAAGUGGUUACCGACCAAUCAGAGAAGCUUUCUCAUGUGUAUAGUGUUGGAAUGUCACAUACCAAAGCAGGACUUGGUAAUGCACAGCCUUAUCUUGCUAUGAUCAAGGAGAGCUUAUCUCACGGAGCUAAGCAGUAUGAAUCCAACCUGUGUGAACUUUGGAGAGCCACCGGUAAAGGUGCUGUUCAUAUACAAACGAAAUUCUCCGCAAUAAAGAGUGAAGUGUUGAAAGAGUUAAACUCUAUCAACCAAGAGGCAGAAAGGAGAAACAAGGAGCGCCGCAUCUUUUUGGAAACUGUUGUCUUCCCUAGAGUUGUUAAGUUUACUAAGGCUUCAUCUGAAUCGUUGAAGAAGAGCAUAAGUGCUUUCAGUGAUGCGGCGUAUGUCACGUACACUGCUACAGUCGUCCCAUCUGCAGAAUAUGGAUUGAAAACUGCUAGUAAGAAGGGUGCUGAAUUAUUCAGAUAUCUCAAUACAACUGUAUACGAGGUCAAAGAGUCAGAGGUUUUUUCGAGGGGAUGGGUGAAGACAAAAGAUUACUUUGCUAUAGCAUCUGAAACUGGCAAGAGAGGGCUUGGGUCGUUUUGGACACGAGUUGAGGUGAGGAAAGAGCAAAUACCCAAGACUAUGAAUCUUUUUGGCAAAAAAUUCUUUGAUAAUAUGUCACAUUUGAGAAAGAGCAUUGAUGAGGCUGGUAGAGGUGCAGAUCGGGUGUAUAGCUCUGUUCUGAGGAAUUAUUGGAGGAGCAUUGGCACAGGUUCUCAGUGA